UUUCUGUUGUUCUGCCGGAAGGCUGCAGAAGGCAGUCACAGGAGUCCUGGUUGAAGGCUUGGGUGGCAGGAGGAUUGGUUUUGAUGGCUGAGGUGGAGGAAGGGGCAGCGGUAGAGCUCCAGGGACUUCCCCCUGACAUGCCAGAGGAACUGCUCAUGCUGUACUUUGAGAACCGCCGGCGCUCCGGUGGGGGGCCUGUGUUGAGCUGGCAGAGACUUGGCUGUGGGGGUAUCCUUACCUUUCGAGAGCCUGCAGAUGCCAAAAGGGUCUUGGCCCAGGCAGAGCACCGACUACAUGGUGCCAGACUGAGCCUGCACCCAGCUCCACCACGCGCCCCUGCACGUCUGCUUCUCCAAGGAUUACCACCUGGCACUGUGCCACUGCGCCUGGAGCAGCAUGUCCAGGCCCUGCUGAGUGCCAUGGGGCACCCAGUGCAGUCCUGCCAUGCCCUGGCCAGUCCCAGGCCUGAUCGGGCCCUGGUCCAGCUGGCCAUGCCCCUUUCUGAGGCAGAAAUUCAUGUCCUGGAGGAACAGGCCCGGAAUACGGACCUGGAUGGGGCUAUGGUGUCAGUGACCUGGGUGCCUCAGGCCCGAGCUGUGCGUGUGGUGAGGGGCACACCCCCUUUGGACAUGCUGCUGCUAGAGUUGUACCUGGAGAAUGAGCGCCGCAGUGGUGGGGGGCCCCUGGAGGGCCUGCGCAGCCUGCCGAGACAGCUGGGCACUGUUGUCUCCUUCCAGCAGUGGCAGGUGGCUGAACGGGUGCUGCAGCAGGACCACUGGCUGCAGGGCUCAGAGCUGAAACUUGUCCCCCACUAUGACAUCUUGGAGCCUGAGGAGCUUGCUGAGGGCACCAAAGGAAAGGAUAACCCAUCCAUGCUGGGAUCUGAGCAUGCUCUCCUGGAGACUAGAGGGCUGGCAGAAACCCUGAAGUGUGCAGGGGCUGUGACUGUGGGUUCUGGGGAGGCACCAGGGCAAUUGGAAGCCUUUCUGAGGACAGGUCUUCAGGCUGUGCCAGUUGGCUUGGAUCCCGUGGGAUGUCCAGAGCAAGAGGGGCCUGUGGGAUCUCUGGAGCAGGAAGGGCCUGUGAGCUUGGGGACUGUGGGGUCUCCAGAGCAGGCUGGGCUCAUGAGUCUGGGGCCUAUGGGGUCUGCAGGCUCAGUGGGCCCAGUGGAGGUCUCUAUGGAGUUGCUGGGACAAGUGAAGCUCAAGGGCCAGAGACCCAUGGGGCUUCUGGCACAGGAGAGCCUGGUGGAAGUUGCCAGGGGCUCACCAGGUCAGGAGGGGCUGGUGGGUCCAGAAGAGAUUGCCCUGGAAUCUGCAGAGAAGGUUGGGGUGAAGAGCCCUGGGCAUAUGGGGCUUCAGGGUCAGGAGGGCCUGGUAGAGAUGGUGUUAUCGAUGGAGCCAGGAGCUAUGCGCUUCCUACAGCUUUAUCAUGAGGACCUUCUUGCCAGCCUGGGAGAUGUCGCUCUUUUCCCACUUGAAGGAAUGGAGGUGACUGGCUUUCGGCUCUGUGGAGCCCAGGCCUCAUGCCAGGUGGCCCAGGAGUUGCUGCAGAGUCUGCUGGGUAGCAUCAGCUGCCAUGUGCUGAGCCUGAAGCACCCAGGCAGUGCCAGGUUCCUGCUGGGUGUGGAGGGGCAGCACCUUUUGCAGGGUUUGGAGGCUCAGUUCCAGUGUGUCUUUGGGACAGAGCGUCUGGCCAGUGCCAACCUGGUCAUGGACCCUGAAGAGGUGGAUUCCACUGAGAUCCUUCAGGUCCUCCCUGGCCACAGCCAUACCUGGUGGCCCACAGAUAGUACAGGCAGUGACCAGGAGAACAUGAGCCUGGAGGAAGUCCGAGAGCUGCUGGCAACCAUGGAAGGCUUCGAUAGGGAGAACUGGUUGUCCCUGGAGCUGGGAGAGGAGGGACCUGAGGACCAGCCAGAAGAGGCAGCAACUUCAGGGAAGGAGGAUGAAGAACCCACACCUGGGGCUGGGGAGAAGCCUGUGAGCCUCAGCACUGGGGCAGCUGGGCAGCUAGAGGAGGAAGCUGCACUGCAACUGGCCCUCCAUCGGUCACUGGAGCCUCAAGACAAGGUUGCUGAGCAGGAGGAAGCUGCUGCACUAAGACAAGCCCUGGCCCUCUCCCUUUUGGAGCAACCCCUGUUGGAAGCAGAAGAGUCCCUGAAUGGAGGAACUGGUAGUGGGGCCCAGUUGGUGGUGCAUGCACCCUUUGAGCAGGAUAUAGAUGAGUUGGAACAAGCAUUAACAGCUGCCUUGGAGGUACACCUGAAUAAGGAGACUGUGAGACACCCAGGCCGUGUGCUGCCCACAGAGCUGUGUGCUCGCCUGGGGCAGUGCCAUGGUGUGAAUGUUGCCCUGCGUGGUGAUUGCACUGUCUUUUGUGGCUUUGGAGCCCAACCUGCCCGUGCGGCACGCCACUUCGCUGUGCUACUUGCUGGCCCCUGGGAUCAGAGUUUGGCCUUUCCCUUGGUGGCUUCAGACACUACUUUGCUAGAACAGAGGCUGAAAAGGCCACUGGGAAAGCUGGAGGGCCUGGAAGAGAGCACCAAGGAAUUCCAAAAUGUGGUGAAGGCUUUCUAUGACACCCUGGAUACUGCCCACAGCAGAAUCCGCAUCAUACGGGUGGAGCGUGUGUCGCACCCGCUGCUGCAGCAGCAGUACCAGCUGCACCUGGAGCGCCUUGAGGAACGCUGCGUGCAGCGCCCUGUGGAGCGGGUCCUGUACCAUGGCACAUCGGCCUCCGCAGUGCCGGACAUCUGCGCGUUCGGUUUUAACCGCAGCUUCUGCGGCCGCAACGGAACGCUCUACGGGCAGGGUGUGUACUUCGCCAAGCGCGCCUCCCUAUCCGUGCAGGACCGCUACUCGCCUCCCGAUGCUGACGGCCACAAGGCGGUGUUUGUGGCACGGGUGCUGACGGGAGACUAUGCGCAGGGCCGCCGCGAUCUGCGGGCACCCCCUCUGCGGCCCUCUGGCCAUGUGCUCCUGCGCUACGACAGUGCUGUGGAUUGCCUCCAUCAGCCCAGCAUCUUUGUCAUCUUCCACGACACUCAGGCGCUGCCCACUCAUCUCAUCACCUGCGAGCACAUACCCCGGGCUUCCCUUGGACUCUCGAGUCCCUCUCUGGCCACCUGACCCAAGGGGUUAGCCUGUGGCCUGCUGCUCUACAGGUUCCCCGUUCUACAAACCCCCCUUUCCUCCCUGGGGACGUUCCUGCUUCUUGUUGGGGAGCAGGAAUCCAGGCCGACCCGGAGGGCUGGGUCGGCCCAACCACCAGGGGUCAGCAAAGCCCAGCAGGAGGGUGCGCCGGCCUGACACGCCCGUCUUGGCUGGACCUCGUCUGAGCGCUUCUGUGUCUCUGAAUAAACGUGAAACCAGGCAGAACCUCCUGGCGUUCGGAA